AUGGACUUGUACCUUGAGGGCAGUGACCGCGACGCACCCGACCAUCCCCCGCCCUCGCUCAGCACUUCGAGCCCCGAUCAGCAACUGCCGAACCCCACCCAGGCAGCCACUUGCUCCAUCCAAUCGAGCCUCGGUCUCGACACCGGCUUCUCCCAGGUCCCGCCCCUGUCGUCGGAUUUGACGGCCCCGCGCACGCCCAUCAUGUCCGGGCCCGCGCACGCCGGUCCCCCGCUGUCCCCUCUCAGCAUGUCGAUGCCGCCCCCGCCGUCGGUCCCCCCUCCGGAGGACGACCUGCUGGAAGAGUCGACCUCCAUGAUGACCCUGGCGGACUACCUGCAAAGCGGGGCCCUCACCUCGCCCGGGGGUCUCGGCGGUGAUGAGGAGGACACCACGACCACCGAUGAUGAUGGUGAUGCUGCUGCUGCUGCUGUUGAUGGCCAUCAUCGCCAUCAGCCUGACGAGCAUGGCCGCCGUGGCGCCGGCACCAUCGACGAUGAGGAUGCACAUGCACAUGCGGCCGCCGACAUGGAUGAGGACGGGGAUGCCGACAGCCUGCUAGCCAGCACCGGCUCCGUGGACAGCGCGUCCUCCAUUUCCCUGCCCCCGCCCAUUACGCCGGCAUCCAUCGCCAAGCGGGGCUCCCGUCGGACGAAGCCCACCACGCGCUCCGUGUCGCCGGUUCUCAGCCCGGCCGACCUGCCGCCCCAUCCGCGGCUUGCCCCGGCCAAUGCCGCCACCCCGGACGAGGGUGGCUACUCCCCCUCCGGCUCGCCGGCCCUGUCGCCCCUGUAUCCCGUCUCGUCCGAGGAUGAGGCAGCCCCGGGCGUGAUGGAGGAGCCUGACCAGCAGCCGGCCGGCCACGCCGCCGCGGAGGGUGUCCCCCUGUCGUUGCCGAUUGUCAAUGCCUCGGAGGAUGCCCACAUGGAGGCCGCCGCCGAUGGGCAUGCCGACGCCCACCGUCCCUCCUCCCCUCCGGGCGAUAUCACCUACCAGCCCCUGUCGUCGGCCGCCUCGCCGGAUGGUGCCAUGCCCACCACUGGCGGCACUUCCCCCGAGGCCGAGGCCGAGGCCGAGGCCGAGGGCGGCCUUCCGCAAACGGCCCAGCCGCGCACGCCGCAGCUUGCCCGGCAUGAGCGCUUCGCUUCGAGCUCCUCCCUGACCAGUGGCCUGCCAAGCCCGCUGACCCCGGCCGGGGGGACUUCCUCCCGGCCAUCGAGCAUGAUGUUGAAUCUGUCGGCAGAGCUGGGCAACGCCAUCGCCGCGGUGGCCAUUGCCCGAGCCACUGGCGGCGCCUCGCCCCCGCUGUCUACCAAUGCCCUGGCGGCCAUGACUUCGCCGAUGACCAGCUUCCCGGCCCCCGACCCGGCGCUCAUCCUUGUGCCCGGUGUCGAGGACGCCGAUGGCUCGGCCAAGCAGUCCGACGAGGCCGAGGCCGACAGCGACUCCGAUCUGAUGCCGGAGGCGGUUCCCCUGGCGGACGUGGCCCCGGCUGCCUCGCUGGCGGCGAGUGGCGACGAGCCGCAGCCCCAUGCAGCCAGCCCGUCGCCCCCCGGCGGCAAGUCCACUUUCAGCCCGGAGUUCAAGGCCACCUCCACCGGGUCGCUGAGUGGCGAUGUGCCGGCCCGGCCGCGGCCGACUCGCCCGGCGCCGGUUCCCCCGCCGGAGCUGGCCGCCCAGCGGGCCGCCUCGCUCAGCGACCUGUCCACCAUCGGGCCCGGCGCCGCUUCGGCCGGUGGUGGUGGUGGUGCCCCGGGCGUCGAUCCGGUUGCCACGUCGAUGGAGUCCUUCUCGUCGGCCCUCGCGGCGGACCCCAUCCUGGGCUCGGUGACGCCGCGCGGUCCGAUCCUGGCGCGCGUCACCCAGCCGGACUCCUCGACCGCCGAGUCGCCCCCGCCCUCGGCCUCGGCCUCGGCCGGCUCCAGCGCCGGGUCGACGGUGUCCUCUUCCUCGUCGUUGGCUUCGCCGACCCCGGUGUCCUCCUCGGCCGCGUCCACGGUGUCCCCCUCGGCCUCGACCGAGUCCGAGCGCUCCUCCUCCUGGAUGAAUCGCCUGCGUUCCAUCGCCACCCUGCAGGUCUUCAAGCGUGCCUCCUCGUCGGUCGAUAACUCGGUCCACUCGGCUGAGGCCCUGUCGCAGACGCCGUCCCCCAGCGGGUCGGCACAUUCCGUCGAGUCGCCACAGAGCACGGUCGGCACCGCGGCCCAGCGUGCCUCGCAGUCGAGCGAAAGUGGCUCCCUCUCGCAGUUGAAUCUCCUGCGCCGGGCCCAGUCAGUCCGAACCAAGUCCUCAACGGAGCGUGCGCCGGCCGCGCCGCUGCCUUCUGGUGGCCCACUGACGACCAGUGGUGGCCCGGCCGUUCCGCCGCCCGGCGCGCGUCACCCUGUCGAGCGCGCCAACUCCGACAACACCACCCCUGCCAUGCUCUCGGAUUCGGCGAACUUCUCCCAGUCCCUCGGUGAUGUGUCGUCUGUGACUUCGGCCGGUGGCCUGCAGCAGUCGCCGGGCACCGGCGAUGUGGCUCCCCUGAGGCUGGCCACCUCGACGGAGGACAUGCAGUCGGCCACCGAGUCGGAGUCCGCCGCCAUGCAUGCGGCGGCCACUUCCGCUUCGAUGCCCAGCACCCCGACGAUUGGGCUGUCAGCCGGAUCGUCCACCUCGGCGGCUGAGGCGUCGGCUGCGACGGACGCCGCGGCCCCGGCCUCGGCGCCGGUUACCCCGGCGCCAAGUGCGUCGACCGCGAAUGCCGGCGGCGCUGCCGCGGGCGCCGCCGCCGCCGCGGACUUCCCCUUCCAUGUGAUCAGCCAGGGCAUUGACGCUCUGGCAGCGGUGCUCAUUCAGAAGGUCUUCCCGGACUUGGUGACCGAUGAGCAGAAGAAGGAGCACCGGGCAUCGCUGGCCUCGAUUUGCCACUUCGCCGAGCUCCUGGUGACCGAGUAUAAUUACAUCACCAUCUUGUCGAAUGUCAGCGAGAAGAUUGUCCAGCCGCUGCGCGAGCAGAUUGCCACCGCGGCGCAGACCGGCGUCAAGCCGAUCCUCUCGUCCUUCGAAAUCCGGACCAUCUUCGUGCCGACCAUCGACCUGCUGAAUGUCAAUCGGGCCUUCUACAAGGACCUGAUGGACCUGCUGCCGGGGUACCAUCAGGAUGUGGACAUUGGCCAGGUGUUCCUGCGGCACUUCACCGAUUCGCCGGAGUACGUGCGGUAUAUCGACACCUACUCCUCGGCCACGGCGGCCCUGCGCAAGGUGUGGGAGUGUCCCAACUUCACGAACUUCGCCACGAGCCAGAUGAAGCGCCAUGAGUUUGAGGACUUCAUGAUUUCCCCGAUCCAGCGUGUGCCGCGGUAUUCGCUGCUGCUGAAUGACAUCAACAAGCGCACGCCCGAGGGCCCGAUCAAGGACCAGCUGCAGGCGGCCAUCGCCUGCAUGGCCAAGCUGUCGCAUGACAUCAAUGAGGCCAAGCGUCUGGAGGAAUCCACCACUCGCAUGUUCGACAUCCAGAGCACCAUCGAGGGCUGUCCGCCGACCAUCCUCUCGGCUCAGCGGCGCUUCGUCACCCAGGGCGACUUCUUCCUGGUCGACUCGUCACACACGCCCCUUGGCUCCAUUCGCUUUAUCUUCUUCUCGGAUCUUGUGCUGAUUGCCAAGUGCAACAAGCGCAAGUACAAGCUUGAGUACCUGGUCCCCCUCCGGAACAUCACCUUGACCAAUGUCCACAGCACGGCGGUCACCCGUGGCCCGGUCUUCAAAAUCUCCUUCCCCUACAAUGCCAGCACCAACUGGAGUGAGCUGGCCGCCAACACGACGGCCGCCGAGCCAGUUGCCGCCACCCCGGCGACCACCUCCUCGGAGCCGGUUUCGAUGACCGGCAGCGAGUCCGACCUGUCGACCAUCGGAUCCUCGAGCGGUGGCUCGCCGCCGGCUUCCAUCUCGGCUGGCUCGUCGGCCGCCAGCCGUCGUCUGUCGGCGCAUCUGCCGUCGCUCUUCGAGCCUCCGACCGAGGGGACCUCCGGAGCCGUCGGCGCCGGCAGCAUGGGCAAUGUCACCGGGGGGGCCGUUUCUCGGUCCAUCUCGCAGCUGAAUGCGGCAGCCCAGCUGGCCGCUGGCAGUGGGCCUGGCUCUCCCCCGCCGGCCGGGGCGCAGUCGUAUGCCGCGUCGUUGCGUGGGGUGGAGAGCCUGCAGGCGGGCGGGUCCGCCGGCAGUGGUCCUGGCGGCAUUUCCGCGAGGAACUCCAUUUCCUCCGGCACCGGGUACUCGACCGCGCCGAUCCGGCUGCAGAACCGCUCCGAGCGUUCCUUCCUCCGGACCACCACCAGCGAGGAUGCCGGUGGCUCGCUCAUGCCGAAUGCCUCUUCCGACAACAUUCCCCUGGAGGAGGCACUGCUGAUGUAUGAGCAGGAGAAUCGCGCCGCCGCCGCGGCCGAGGUGGCCCGGUCACGGUCCAUCGCCUCGCAGCGGUCGGUGUCCGACACGGCGUCCCUGUCCUCGGUGUCCUCGUCGUCCUCCUCCUCGUCGUCCUCCUCGUCGUCCGGUGCCUCGGAGGCCGGGGUCACCCAUGUGGAGAUCGUCCUCCAGGCCCAGAGCUUCGCCUCGUACAAGACCUUCCGCACGGACAUUGACCCGCAUCUGAAGACCCUGCCUGCUUCGACUUGA